GUCUCGGCCAGGUUCUGACGAGCAACAAAAAUGGACCACACGCAGAGAUCAGGUGCAGCGGCGACGACUACGGCCGCCAAUUCUCGUGCCUAUCAGUUCCACCCGGCACGAGCACCUAUUAUCGAUCUAUUCAACCUCUACUUGGGAAGAAAUAGCCGCCAAAAUCCUGAUGAUCCUGCCCGGGAACCCCCGAAUAAGACGCAGAAGCGUGUGCUUGCUCUUAAUAGAGAGCUUCCUCCUCGAAAUGAGCAGUUCCUUUUGGACUUUCAGCAGCUUCAAGGUCAAUUUGGUGAGCAGGAUCAAGUGUGUGCUGUGACAGAAUCUGUUCUUAUAUCUUUGGUUGUUCAGUGUUGUGGUCAUGCACCACGUGCAGAAUUUCUUAUUUUUGCUUUACGAAGCUUGCACAGUAUAGGAUACAUUAACUGGGAUACUUUUCUGCCCUCCCUUCUCUCUUCAGUUUCCACUGCAGAGAUGUCGGUGGGUCAGGCAAGUCAGACAAUGCCUUCUGUAUGUUCUACAAGUUUAUCGCAGUCUGGAAUGAUGCCAUCUUCAACUGUGAUCCCUAAUUCUUCUAAUUUUCAGACUUCAAAUCCUGUUUCUCCAUUAACUUCAGUUCAUGGUAUUGGUUCCCCAGCCCCGUCAGCAAUUGAACCAUCAUCUACUGUAACUUUAUCUCCUGUGAAAGCAUCUGACAUUUCCUGCAAUGGACAACAGCCUAUAACUAGGAUAAAUUCAUCCAUCAGAGAUAAUGCUGUAAGCAGUCUACGCCAGCUUUGUUGUAAGAUCAUUUUAACUGGUCUUGAAUUUAAUUUGAAGCCAGUGACUCAUGCUGAAAUUUUCUACCAUAUGCUUAACUGGCUGGUAAAUUGGGAUCAGAGGAGACAACAGGGGUUUGAUGAAUGUGAUGGUAAGUCUUGGAGACCUGAUAAUGCUCUAAUUGAAUGGCUGCACAGCUGUUUGGAUGUAGUUUGGCUAUUGGUUGAGGAAGAUAAAUGCCGUGUUCCCUUUUAUGAAUUACUGAGAAGUGGAUUGCAAUUUAUAGAGCACAUACCAGAUGAUGAAGCCUUGUUUACACUUAUUCUGGAAAUACAUAGGAGGAGAGACAUGAUGGCUAUGCAUAUGAAAAUGUUAGAUCAACAUCUUCAUUGUCCUACAUUUGGUACUCAUCGGUUCUUGUCCCAGACAACUCCUAAUGUUUCUGUUGAAGCUGUAGCAAACUUGCGGUAUUCACCAAUCACAUAUCCGAGUGUGCUCGGAGAACCAUUGCAUGGAGAGGAUCUUGCAGUGUCUAUCCAGAGAGGAGGUCUGGACUGGGAGAGAGCAUUACGUUGUAUAAGGCAUGCUAUACGUUCCACUCCUUCACCUGAUUGGUGGAAACGUGUUCUUCUUGUGGCACCUUGUUACCGAAAUCCUUCUCAAGGUCCUACUCCUGGUGCUGUUUUUACCUCUGAUAUGAUUUGUGAGGCAACUAUUGAUAGAAUUGUUGAGCUGUUGAAGUUGAUAAAUUCAGAUGUAAAUUGCUGGCAAGAGUGGCUUGUCUUCUCAGAUAUAUUCUUCUUUCUUAUGAAAAGUGGCUGUAUUGAUUUUGUUGAUUUUGUGGAUAAGCUGGUUUCACGCCUUUCAGAGGGGGACCAACAAAUUCUUCGAACAAAUCAUCUUACCUGGCUGCUUGCACAAAUUAUUCGCGUUGAGCUUGUGAUUAGUGCUUUGAAUACUGAUCCUAGAAAGGUGGAAACAACCAGAAAAAUUUUGUCAUUUCAUAGAGAAGAUAGGAGUUCUGAUCCCAAUAAUCCACAGAGCAUCCUGCUUGAUUUUAUUAGCAGUUGUCAAAACUUGCGAAUUUGGUCAUUGAAUACGUCAACCAGAGAAUACUUGAAUAGUGAGCAGCUGCAGAAAGGAAAGCAAAUAGAUGAAUGGUGGAGACAAGUGAGCAAAGGGGACCGCUCGAUGGACUAUAUGAACAUGGAUGACAGAUCAAUUGGGAUGUUUUGGGUUGUGUCAUACACCAUGGCACAACCAGCUUGUGAAACUGUAAUGAACUGGUUGGUAUCUGCUGGAGUUUCAGAAUUGUUGCCAGGAUCAAAUCUACAAGCCAGUGAAAGGUUAGCAGUGAUGCGGGAAGUAAGCCCCUUACCCAUAUCACUGUUAUCUGGCUUCUCCAUGAAUGUUUGCUUGAAGUUGGUCUACCAAAUGGAAGAAUCUUUGUUUGGUGGGCAGGUACUUUCUGUGAUGUUUCUUCCAAUAAUGAAAAUUGUGUCUGGAAUAUAACCUUUUCACCAUGUGUGUAUGUUUUGAUCCUUUUGGAGAUGAAAACUGAAUGGAAGGGGUGGUUUUCUUUCUAAUGGCAAUUAGGUUGUUCGUUUUAGGCAAACUUCUCUCAUGGAAGUCCAACUGAUAUAUAAUGUGUACGAUGUACUUAAUCUUUAUGAAGCAAUGCUGACCAAGUUCUCAAAGAGAAAAAGAAUGUAGUUGUGACUACCAGGGCCAGUUCCCUUUUUAUCCUCUAAGAAUGAGAUGCAUUUAUUUAGGCUGCAUGAAAAUCAUCUCUGGUGUUUUGGUCAUGAGUUCCUCACUUAUUAGGGAAUUAUUCUUUUGUGCUUAACUCAAAUAAUAAACUUUCAUGCUUAAUAUCAGCAUGUAUGCUCAAUGACUAGACUACUUGUACUAACAAAAGGAGCUUUAACAG